UCGAAGUAAACGCCCUAUAAUUUGCAAUACUAAAACGUGUGCGUGAAAGAAGUUUUAAUCUACGAAAAAUAAUAAAUUAUCAUCCGGUAUGCAACUAACGCAUAUAAAAUUAUAAAAUUAUCGUCGCAAAUUUAAAAGGCUAUUAUUUUUUUAUUUAAUAAUAGAGAAUAAAUAUGUGAAUAACAUUAAAAACAACGUUGCGGUAAGAAUGAGAAUCAAAGAAAGUGUAUUCUUAUUUGUUUCAUAUUGUUUGUGUUUUUAAUAAACGAAAAUCCUGAAUGCCUUCUAACUUUAAGGAAAAAUCGAACACAAUAACUUACGAGCCAAUAAUCAUACAAAUCUAGUAUUAAUUGCCUUCGAACAAGGUAAAACUUACCCUCGAUCAGUAAACCAAUUCUAAUCUAAGGUAAUUAUUUUACAAAAAUGGCAAUGCUAGAGGCCCGGCCUUAUAGGCCUUUCAAAUCGAGCGAAGAAUACUUGGAGGCCAUGAAAGAGGACUUGGCCGAAUGGUUGAGUACACUCUAUCCGAAUUUGAAUAUUAAUGCCGAGAAUUUUAUGGACCGCUUAGACACAGGAGUAGCAUUAUGCAAGCAAUGGAUCUAAUUUUAUGCAGCUAAAUAUCUGCGACACCCGGCUGAAAUGUUAUUGCCGACAAAGC